AUGGGUACGAGUGGUUCACGUCGUACAUCGCCUCAAAUGCCUAUUCCACAAUAUCCACCACCAUAUAAUCCAUCAUUACCAUACGGUGGUCCGCCAAUGAUUCCUCCAUAUAAUACUGGUGUUGGAAAUGUUUCACCACCUCUUAGUCGAAGAGAGCGACAAAAACUUGAUGAAGCUUAUCGAACAAUUCAAAGUUUACAGGGUCGAAUGCCUCCAAUGCAGCCAGGUACUGGAAUGCUUCCGCCACGACCAUCAUCACCAAAUUACAGUGGUCCUCCUUUAAUGAACUUAUCACAAGUAAGUCCUGCUCUUCAACGUGCAUAUGGACAAUAUCCAUCUGGUGCUCUUGGUUAUCGAGAUUCAGAUUAUGGAGCUGUUGCUAAUAUAGCUGGAUUGAAUCCAGCAGACGUAGCAAUACUUCAUAAAGAAUAUGUGAAUUUAACACGUGGUGGUAGAAAUAAACUUGAUCGUGUUGUUUUUCGUCAAUUAUUACGUGAUGUCCUUAUUGAUGCAAAUAAUGAAAAUAUUGAUCGUGCUAUUGAAAAUAUAUUUGUUAGUAUUGAUCGAAAUCGUGAUGGUUUUAUUGAUUUUCCUGAAUUUGUUGGUGCUUUUCGAGAUGUAUUAAGAGGAGAUCCAAAUGAUCCACAGAGCUAUUUAAUACCACCUGGUCUUCCUGAUUAUAUAAAUGAACCAGUACGAACAAAUAUUGUUAAUGCUCCUUUUGUUUGUCAACCAGCACCACAACUUAUUUCAAUGCCAUCUGCUAGUAUUCAACAAUCACCCCUUGUUUGUAGUAGUUCUACUGCUCCAUUAGUAUUUUCAUUUGAUUCAAAUCAGUCACCAUGUGUAGCUAGUAUGCAAGGUCAACAAAUGAUAGGACAACCAACAGCUUUACAAUGUUUACCUAUGCCUAUAUAA